CAACAUGAUAGUUCAGCUUGCAAGUUUUGUCAAAAACCCAGUUUCCAAGUUUAGUUGCACUUCCCUCUUCCUAUUUCCCCCUUCCACUCCUGUGUGUAAUCGUUUUCCUCGAUGAAGAUGAGCAAGAAGCCUACAGAGAACCUUGUUCUUACUCUGCUCCUAACGGCGGUGGCAGCAGCUGCAGGUUCACACCGGGAAUCAGUCAUCGUCAUCGGCGCUGGAAUCUCAGGAAUUUCUACCGCAAAUGCGCUUUAUGAAGCCGGGAUCAGAGACAUUCUGAUCCUGGAAGGCAGCUCGAGGAUCGGCGGGCGAAUGAUGAAGGCAGAGUUCGGCGGUUACACGGUCGAAAUGGGCGCGAAUUGGUUCUACACAGGAGGGCCUGUGCAGAACCCUUUAGCUUCUCUGGCCAACAAAACCAGGCUCAGAACUUCACUCAACGACGACUCGAACAUCACGGCUAAUGUCUACAGACAAGAAGGAGGCUUGUACCCCAAGAAACUGGUGGAUGAAGUUGAAAUGGCUGCUUCUUCCACAGAGAGUUUCUGUGAAAGGCUUUCUGAAAAGUUAGCUGCCAUGUCCAAAACAAAAGGCGUCGACAUUGAUGUGUCUGUUUUGGAAGCACAACGCCUAUUUGGAAAUCUUCCAUCGACUCCAUUGGAGAUGGUGAUAGACUACUACCACAACGACUAUGAAGAAGCAGAGGCAACCACGGUUACGAGCUUGAAGCACACGUACCCUCGUCGCGAGUUCAAGGACCAUGGCAAGCUGUCGAAUUUCGUGUGUGACUCGAGAGGGUUCGAGGAAUUGGUUCAGGGCCUAGCAUGCCGGUUUUCGAACCGUAGCAGCCAGCACAAGAUCUUGCCGAACAAGGUUGUGAAGGAGAUAUUCUACUCAGAAAGAGGAGUCAGAGUGAAAAUAGAGGACGGUUCUACGUAUCGAGCUAAAUAUGUCGUUGUGUCUGUUAGCAUUGGAGUGCUUCAGAGUAAUCUCAUUCGCUUCACUCCAACCUUACCGAUGUGGAAGAUGAAUGCGAUAUCGGAAUUCGAUAUGUCAGUUUACACCAAGAUUUUCCUUCAAUUCCCUUACAAGUUUUGGCCGACUGGUCCUGGAACAGAGUUUUCUCUCUACGCCCACUCUCGUCGAGGAUAUUACCCGUUUUGGCAGCAUCUCGAGAAUGAAUAUCCGGGUUCAAACAUACUAUUCGUUACGAUAACGUCGGAAGAGUCGACAAGGGUGGAGAAGUUAUCGAACGAGGCAGUACAGAGAGAGGCUAUGGACGUUCUAAGAAAGAUGUACGGGGAUCACAUUCCGAACCCAGAACAAAUAUUGGUGCCUAGGUGGUCGAUGGACAGGCUCUACAAGGGCAGCUACUCGAAUUGGCCGAAUGGUUACACCAAAGCUAAACAUGACCAACUCAAGGCUCGUGUUGGUUCGGUUUAUUUUACCGGGGAGCACACUAACAGUAGAUAUUUGGGAUACGCGACUGGAGCUUACUUAGCAGGAAUUGAGGCAGCUAAAGAUGUAAUUGAAUCCAUGAAGGCAGAAGAAGGAUUGAGAUUGUCGCGCAAAAUAAUUAGAAUCAGUUAGGCUGUGCUUUUAUUGGUGUAUUUAAAACUAAGUUUUAGUUGCGCUAUCUUUUUUCAUAUUAAUUGUGUUAUAUAAUGGGGGCCAUAGUGUGAGUUUAUGCAUUGGACACUUGUAUUAUUGCGUUGAGUAUGCCCAUCAUUAUGUUUGUAUAUGAAUUGGGUGUUUGGCUUUACUAUUUAGACAUUGCAAUCACUCGAUUUUUAUAUUACGGUUUUGAAAAUACUAUUCAAAUUCAUAAAAAAAAACCAACACAAAAAAGCAACUAUUCUACACUACCAAAAUAUUAUACAACUAAUUAGAAUUUCAAACAAAUAAAUAUUGGCAAAAAUUAUCAAAAUGUAUAGAUAUUGUUUGAAUUUUAAUGAAAUAUAGUUUGCUUCACCAUAUGUAUAGUUUUUUUCACAAACAUUUGCCAAAAUAAGCUAAAGAAGUUAUAAGCGAACACAUCCGAUAUAUCAUUCUUCUAAAAUUGUACAAAAGGAAUAAAACUACGCGAAACAAAAUCUAUAUUAAAUCUACUUCUAAAUUUUAAAUCGAAGAAAGCAUUAGGUUAAAGAGGCAUCGAGAGAAAAUAUGACAAGAUAUUUUAAUUUUCUCACAAAUAUGUUUAUAUGCUACACUUAUGACAAAACCUAUUUUUUGUAUGCAUUAUUGUGUUUCUUGUAUGUGUUCUUACAUAUUUGUGGUAUUUUUUGUAUGCAUUCAUCUUCCCCGUCACCAUUGUCAAAAUCAGACCACUAGAAAACACUUGGAUGUUGGAAUUUGUCGCCGGCCACAGUUUUUCAAUUUCGGUGUCUGAUCAAUGAAUUCCAGCAUCUUCUGAUGGCUUGUGACCAGGUUUUGGUGACCAGUAACCGGAUUUCAGUGACUAAAAGGUGUAAUCCAUAAAAUUAAUAUUACAGAAUACAAUUUGUAAAAGAUCUUAGUAUAUUUUUCCUCUAUUAAUUUCUAUACAUAAUCAACAUAUUUAACGCAAAAGUCUACCUAAUUCUAACUUUUUAGUUGCCUAUUAUUAUCGUCAUAAUAACACAGAGUGUUAGCAGCUAUCCAGUAGGGAUACACUCUGGUCAUUUCAUUCGCAUAAUCUAUAAUUCAUUAGGUUAACUUGAAAGUGUUAUCAAAACCUGAAAUGCGUGGUAUCUUAAAAAAGGUGAAGAAAAUAUUAAUCAACAUUACACAUGAAAUGCGUGGUAUCUUAAAAAAUGUAUGAAAGAUCAAUCAAAUGAUUCAUAUAAGGAAUAUAUUUAUGUUUUCUUUUCUCCUAAAAGUACAAUAUUUAUGGUCAAGAAAAUAAUAUGACAGGAAUAAUUUAGAUUAUCACUCAAAUUACUAAAUUAGAGGGAUUUUUGAGCAAAGUAUAUAGGUUGCUAUAAAAAUCAUCAAAGUACGUUUGUUUUAUUAGAAAUUUUCGAACUACACCUGUUUCGACCAGAUUGCUUGAGACUUAAUGUUGAUCGCUUCCGAUAAAUGUGAUAAAGUAUU